UCGAUGUGUAAAAGUCGCUAAGUUAGUUUCUGGAUUUCUCCCAGAGGAAUUGCUCUGUACGUGGCUAUACAUUCUGUGGGUCCAUGGGAGGAAGGAAGUUCAUGAGGCUUCUAUGUCACCAUCUUGGUCCUUCUUCAUAAUAAGGAAAUUUUUUAAUUAUAGAAAAAUGCAAGGAAGUGCUCAAAAAUUGAUGGGGACUUGCCAAAAGAAACAGGAACCAGCUUGAAAAGUCUCAUGUUGGUCAAAUUUGAGACAAUUUAAGGAUCAAAAUUAGUAAUGACAGUAGUGAAUUACCACAUGAUUAUUUUUAGUUUUUAUUGAUAUAUAUUUGAUGUAUAACAUUGUAUAAAUGUAAGGUGUACAACAUGUUCAUUUUUAAUAAAGAAUCAUGUCCAUAAGUUUACGAAUAAACAAAGAAAAUGGGAGAGAUGGGGGAGCUUUUUUGUAUAGGAAUAUUACAACUAAUAAAUGUAGAAGGAAGGAUAGAAAUAGAAAAUCAUUUACAAUCACCAUUGUAAUAACUGAUUUGGGCAAGAAUCAUCGGUGGAUGUCAGAACCAUUGGUAAAAAGCUGUAGGGAACAAGAUACUUUCAGAACCUCAAAGUAUUAUCCCAUAGAUUACUAUACAUACCUUUACAAUAGAGAAAUUUGGCGAACACUGCCUUACCCAAAUGAUCAAACUUGAUGUCACUACUGAUGGGACAAACUGGCAUACUGUACAUCAUGGUGUGGGGUAUAUAAGGAUACAUUAAUUAUGUAGUAUUUUUCCCCCCAAAUUAAAAAAAAAACAAAAUCUAAUUACAAGGAAACUGAAAUCCAAAGUUUAGGGACAUUCUGCAAAACAGUCUGUUUGGAGUCUUAAAAAAUGUCAAUGUCAUGAAAGAAAAAAAAAGGCUAGAGAACUUUUUAUAUUAAAGGAGACUAGGUAUGAAAUCUAAAUGCAAUGUGUGAUCCUUGAUUGUACCCUGAAUUAAAAAAAUAAGAAACUGUAGAGUUCUCAGAACUCCUGGUAUGAACAUCUUCCCUUGGGUGGAUUCUUGGCUUUUCUCCCAGCAUGGCUCCCAAACACCAGUCUUCACUUCCACCCCAAGCAAAGAAACCGAAGAAACCGAGACUGACUCCUACCUCCAGGCCAGAGGAAACGUCUGCUUCUCCGAACUUGACCAACGAAGAAAAAGAACAGCAAGAAGCAAUUGAACAUAUUGAUGAAGUACAAAAUGAAACAGACAGACUUAAUGAACAAGCCAGUGAGGAGAUUUUGAAAGUAGAACAGAAAUAUAACAAAAUCCGCCAACCAUUUUUUCAGAAGAGUUUGGAAUUGAUGGCCAAAAUCCCAAAUUUGGGGGUAACAUUUGUUAACCAUCCACAAGUGUCUGCACUGCUUGGGGAGGAGGAUGAAGAGGCGCUGCAUUAUUUGACAAGUGAAGCGACAGAAUUUGAAGAUAUUAACUCAGGUUACACAAUAGAUUUUUAUUUUGAUGAAAACCCUUCCUUCGAAAAUAAAGUUCUCUCCAAAGAAUUUCAUCUGAAUGAGAGUGGUGAUCCAUCUUCAAAGUCCACUCAAAUCAAAUGGAAAUCCAGAAAGGAUCUGACAAAACGUUCAAGUCAAACGCAGAAUAAAGCCAGCAGGAAGAGACAGCAUGAGGAACCAGAAAGCUUCUUCACCUGGUUUACUGAUCAUUCUGAUGCAGGCGGAGAUGAGUUAGGAGAGGACAUCAAAGAUGAUGAUAUUUGGCCAAAUCCAUUACAGUACUACUUGGUUCUGGACGUGGUUGAUGAGGAAGGGGAAGAAGAAGAAGAUGAUGAUGAUGAUGACGAAGAGGAAGAAGGAUUGGAAGAUACUGAUGAAGAAGGGGAUGCGGAUGAAGGUGAAGAAGAUGAAGAUGAUGAGGGGGAGGGAGGAGAGGAAGAUGACGAAUGGAACACUGAUGGAUUCCAACCUUCCUUUUUAAAUUUUCUCCUGUCUCUCGGAGCAAGUUGCAGUCUUUUUUUUUUCUCCUCCUCUUGCGUUCAGGCGCCCUGUUUUUGAGGUCUCUUUUCUCCUUUAUACCAUGGCUCACAACUUAUUUUGGGGGAAAAUACCUUGAACAGAAUUCAGUGGGAAAAGAAUCUCUACCCCUUUCUGUUCCAAAUUCAUUUUUAUCCUUUCCUGUCUCAACAAAGACUUUAUGGAAUCAACACCACCAUGCUCUGUGGGAAAAAAGAAAACCUUCUGCUCCCUUAGCUCUGCUGGAAGCUGGAGGGUGCUAGGCCCCUGUGUAGUAGUACAUAGAAUUCUAGCUUUUUUCCUCCUUUCUCUGUGUAUUGGGCUCAGAGAUUACACUGUGUCUCUAUGUGAAUAUGGACAGUUAGCGUUUACCAACAUGUAUCUGUCUACUUUCUCUUGUUUAAAACAAGAAAAAAAAACUUUAAAAAAUGGGGUUAUAGAAGGUCAGCAAAGGGUGGGUUUGAGAUGUUUGGGUGGGUUAAGUGGGCAUUUUGACAACAUGGCUUCUCCUUUGGCAUGUUUAAUUGUGGUGUUUAACGGACAUCCUUGCAAUUUAGGAUGACACUUUUAAAAUAAAAUUCUCUCCUAAUGAUGACUUGAGCCCUGCCACUCGAUGGGAGAAUCAGCAGAACCUAUAGGAUCUUAUUUGCAAUUGACAUUCUCUAUUGUAAUUUUGUUCCUGUUUAUUUUUAAAUUUUUCUUUUUGUUUCACUGGAAAGGAAAGAUGACGUUCAGUUUUAAACGUUAAAAAAGUGUACAAGUUGCUUUGUCACAAUAAAACUAAAUGUGUACACACACACCAAAAAAAAAGAAACUGUAAAGGAUAUUAUUGGGACAAUUGAGGAAAUUUAAAUAAUGGGCCGAUUGUAAUUGUAUUUAUGUUAAGUUUCCUUAGAGUGAAUAGUAUAUAGUAGUUGCAUGUAAGGAUAGCUUUGUUCCUAGGAAAUACCUGCUGAAUGUUUAGGUGUGAAGGGUCACAAUAGCUUCAAGUAACUGUUUAAUGGACUGGGGAAAAACAGAUAGAUAGAUAGAUAGAUAGAUAGAUAGGCAGAUGGAAGAGGGAGGGAGAGAGAGAAUGUAGCAAAACAUCAACAAAUGAUAAGCCUAAAUGAAGGGUAGAGGGUGUUUAUUUACUUAUUUUUUUUUGGCUGCAUCAUGCAACUUGCAGUUUCCCUGACCAGGGAUUGAACCCGUGCAUGCAUUGGCAGGCGGAUUCUUAACCACUGUGCCACCAGGGAAGUCCCUCCACUACUGUUAAUUGAGUCAAGGGUAGGGCAUCUUACCCACAAACAUCUAAUCUAUAGAUUGGCAGAGGGGUUCAUGAGAUGGACUGUCUUAAGGAAAUAGAUCCUCUCUUUGGGGAAUUUAGAUCUCAAGACAUGAAGAGUUGAACAGCUAUAGCAAGAUUAGAAAUUAUACAUUAAAGCAAAGCAGGGAUGCACCUGAAACAAGAGUACCAAGGUGGCAGAGUCCUGGGAUAAGAAUUGAUCAAAAACUUACUAAUGCUGAGGGAGUGACAGCUAAGUCUACACUGGGUCCUAAGGGCCACCCAGUUCCUGAGCUACGUUCCACUCUCUGUGAGACCUACAUAUUCAGCCCUUCUUGUAGUGACAAGAAGGGUUCCUGAACUUCCAUGGAGCCCAACUGUGUGUCUGAGGUUACUGUUUGUCUAUGUAUCCUUAAAAUGUACCUCCAGGUUUCAGUUAGGGUGGUUCCAGUUCAAGUAGUGGGAAUCCUAACUCAGUCUACCUUAAACAGUAAGGAAAUACAUCUCAAAUAACAGGAGUUUCAAAGGUAGUGAGUUCUAUAAACAGCACUAUCAGGGCUGAAGCUCCAUAUCUCUCAGUUCUGAGCUUCCCCCUCUGUUGGCUUUGUCAUCAAAGCCCCCAGUUGGCUGUAAACAGCAG